AUGGGCGCCCUGCUGGUAUACGUCUACACGUCUCUGGCUGCUCAGGGCGCUGCUGUCCGGGCAGUCAGCCGUAUCGAAAAGCUCAGAGCUCUCAAUUCAACUUCCAAUGAAGCUACGGUCCUAGCAGCGCAGCAAGUACUCGAGGCCCUGGAAGCAGUCACGAAGCUAGCCGCGCGGAGUGCAGCCCUCACCCUCGCGGCGAACAUCGACGUCGCGAUUGCCGUGUCCGACCCCGAGAAGAAGGCAGCAGCAUGGAAGACUUGGGCGGCGCAGGGUGCGUUGCUAUACGGGGGAUGGAAGGCGGCGCAAGCUUGGAUGCAGACAGAGGUAACUUGGGGUCCCCUUGCUAAGAUUCCUGAGGUGGGGCGAGUGACCUCGCUGGUGUUUUCGUGGGUUUGCGUGUGGCUCGCGGGGACGAGGUUGGCGAUGGAGAUUGUGUGGCACGUUGGUCGAGACCUUAGGGAGCCUGUGGACUGGGAGCCCGAGCCAGAGAUCGAGGAAGCCGAGGCCUACGUCAAGUUGCUGGCAGACGAUACCCUAGAGGAUGAGAAGGCGCGGAAGUCCUUGGAGGCGGCAUUACCAGAGGAGACAAAGAUCUCGGAGGUGGCAAACUUCCGAGACACAAGGAUGCCUAAGAAGACACCUUUGCCGUCGGCGCGGGCUUCGCCUGCUGCUCCCGCCGUGCCAGCUGUUACUGCCGCAGCCGCGACGACCGUGCCCGGUCUGACUGCCGCGACAAUACCGAGCGCGACACCGAUAGCAGGACCGACGCCCGCGAGCCUCUUCGGUUCUGCCCGACUGACAUGCGAGGACCCCUCGGUCCCACUCGGUGAUCUUGGCCUCCUCGACCUCAUCCCCCCACUACCUCUACACGCCCCGUUUGACGCUCUUGGUGGGCCUCUCCCUUCGCCCGCGGGCUCCGGAUCGCCGCACACCUCCUCUUCCGGCGCGCACCAGCACUCUACCUCUCCCUCUGCGAUCCCAUCACUGAGCAGCAUCCUGCCGUGGGAAGACGCCUCGUUCUUCCUUAACCUCUACCUAACGCACCAACACUGUCUCGUGCCCGUCAUCCACAAACCGAGCUUUGCGCAAUCCGUCCUCGCGCGAAAGGACAAGAGCUCGCCCGUCUUCCGCGCCCUCCUCUGCGCCAUUGUGGCAUGGACGAUUGCGCAGUGUCCCAUCUCCCUGAUGCCGGGAUACUCCCGCCAAGACCUGGGACGCUGGGUCGACCGGUGUCUCGCGCACAACGACGCUCUCCGUCGAGAGCGCGACGCCUCGGAACCCAUCUCCCGACCGGUGGGCACGGGUCUGAAUGAGGAGAGCGAGGAGGCGGACGUGGAGCUGUUGGAGUUGUUGACGGCCAGUAUGCUGGACUGGGUCACGGCCCAGUCCCUCGCACGGCCAUGCGACCUCCUCGUCUCCCAGAUAACGCGGUACAUUGACUGUCUCCGUCUCCGCUCUAACCGUUCCUGGCCGAACCCCAUUCUGGCCCAACUCGCGCGGCGCGUGUUCUGGAUCGUCUACACCAAGGACAAGACGGAUGCCAUGUCGGGACGAGCACUUAUAUUGAAUGACUUUGAGGGCCUGCCGCCAUUGCCGGACGAGGUCGACGACGAGUUCAUCACGCCCAACGGGAUCGUGCAGCAGCCCGAGGGAAGAUUGAGCCAUAUGGCAGGCUUUCGCGCCAUUUGCCGUAUCUUCCAGGUGCUUAGCCAGUGCAUCACGCGGCACAGGGCUUGGGCGAACCCGGUACCUGGGGAUGCGCCUCCCGCAGCCUCUGCGAGCGCGAGCGGAGCGAGUGGAGGCGCGGCGAGUAGCGGAACGGGGGCCAACGGACUUAACGACGGAAACAACAGAGACGACAGAGGAGAAGCAGGGGACGAGCUCACGGGCGAAGAAGCCGAACUCGAGGCCGCGGAGCGACAAGCGGCCGCCGAAGCGCACUUGGCCUGGAUAGCACGCGCGCAGGCCCGACUCCGCUCGAUCCUGCAGAACCUGCCCGAAGAGCUCUGCGUCGACCUGCAAGACUGUCCCCCCGCCCUGCCCUGCCCAACCUCACCCUCUACUUCUCCCUCGGCCUCCGAAGCCGAACGAAUCAAGUAUGCCAUCCGCCAGGCGGAUAUUGUGAUUACUGGACUUUGCGCGGAAUUCUGCCUGCUUGAUUUCCGGGCGGCGAUUGUGCCCGCCCUCGAUACAAGGAAGGAGAGGGAGGAAGUUGCGAGGAAGAGCUAUGCCGUGCUCGAGAGUAUACCUAUUGAGUACCUUGCCAGUAAUGGGGAGUGUAUGCGCGGCAAGGUGCUUCGGAUCAUUCUGACCCUGUUGAGCAUGACGACGGAGCCGGAGCUGUUCUCCCAGAAUGUGUGGGAUUGGUGGAACAUGUACUCCCGUGUACAGUUCUUGCAGGUUAUACCGGAGGGGAUGGUGCCAGGUAUCUAG